GUGCGUGGUGCGCUCAUCUCCGGACAACGACGAUUCUCGCCUCGUUCAGCGGUUGCGUAUUCGUUACGUAAUGCCGGCGGCGCACCUGACGCUGCGCGAGGAGGACGUGGUGCGACUCACCCUCGAGUUCCUCCACGGCCGGGACCUCCACAUCUCGCAGCUAUCGCUCGAGCGAGAGACGGGUGUCAUUAAUGGCCAGUACAGCGACGACGUGCUUUUCCUGCGGCAGCUCAUCCUCGACGGCCAAUGGGACGAUGUGCUCGAGUUCAUCCAGCCCCUCGAGGCUCUGCCGGACUUCGAUAUGCGCAGAUUUACCUAUUCCAUACUCAGGCAUAAAUACGUGGAGCUGUUGUGCAUUAAGUCGGAGGCGAAUAUCUUUGGCGUGAUCUCGAAUGGUAGUGUCGACAAUGCCGUUGAGGAGGUGGUCAAGGUCUUGAGUGACCUUGAAAAAUUCGCGCCGACGAAGGAGGAGUACAGCAGCUUGUGUCUGCUGUUGACCUUGCCAAGGCUUACCGAUCAUCUGCAGUACAAGAAUUGGAAUCCGAGUAAUGCGAGGGUCCAGUGCUUUCGUGAGAUUCAUCCACUGGUGGAGAAAUUCUUGCCUGGUGAUAGGAAGAGCAGCGAUUUAAAUCAUUCGGUGACGGUCGCGAAGAACGAUAGACUUAUACAGCUCAUUAUAAAGGGUAUUCUGUACGAGUCCUGCGUGAAUUACUGCCAGACCAAGGCCACGGGCUCUAAGGAGAGUGAACAGGUGGAGAUGAGCUUCUCGAAACUGUUGGAUGGUUCGGUGGGUUUCAAUGAUUCCGACCUGAGCCUCUUGUCUUGGUUGCAGUCCAUCCCCUCGGAGACGUUCGCUGUACCGUUUGCCCAACGCACCCUUAAUGUCGACGUGGAACGAUUGGAGAGGCCCUCCCUCGAGACCUCCUGGACCGAGCACAUGCUCAUCACCCCCAUAAAGCCAAAGACUUUCCCCCACAGUGCAAUGCCGUUUACGCGGCCGCGUUCCGCAGCUGACAUGAUGUCGCGGAGUCUCGUUCCUGCUCUUGAGUCCAGCUUUGGCCCCAGGAGUCCUGGACCCAAGAAUAUGCAUAUAUCCUCGGCAGCUCUAAUGGCACUAUCCACUGGUGAUAUUAAUCACCCGCUGAUGUCCAGGAGCUCGUUUGCCAGCUUCCAUCUUACGGGAUUCAAAAAUAAUAAGCUGAUGAACACGAGCGUUGAUAGGUUGUUUGAAAACGAAGGCGAUGUGUUUCUGAGCUCGAGUUAUGGCGAGUUUCAGCAGUUACCUUCGAUACAGGAGACUAUAAAUUCAGCAAACCAGCCUAAGGUGCCACCGAGAACCAGAGGACAUUCCAAGAGCCCGGAAGUUCUAAAAGUAGAUCCAUCAGCAGCAUCGACGCCCGAGCGACGAUUACCGGGUCGAGAAUCUCCGGCGCCAUCCACAGCUCGAAGCUCAAGACGCGACUCCCUUGCGGAAAAGCCGACGAACGCCAUUGCAACGAAAGUAGCUGAAACUGGUCCCGUAAAACCUGGCUAUGCCGGAGGCGACCACCAGCAACAACAACAGCAACAGCCACAACAGAACCUAGAGCAUAGCUUCAACGGGGAUCUUUUCAAGGAGUACCAGAAGCAGAAACAAAGACUGCAGGAGACGAUAGAGCAGAAGGAACGUGAAAGGGACGAACUUGUGCGACAAAUGUCGCUUAGACAAGCAUUAAAUAACAGGGUGCAAGCUGAAAGUAUGAAACAACCAUUAAGCAAAGGACAAUCACCGGUUCACUCGAGUACCCCUGUAAGAUCCGGCGUGCAAUCACCAAAACCAACUACUAACGGUUCCGAUCAGCUUACGAGACAAAAUUCUACGUCGUCAAAUUUCGAAUCAAAGGUAAUUGAAGGACAUUACGACAUCGUUAAAUCUCACAAGCAAGAGCCGAGACCAGAUUUGGAUACGAGCAAUGGGAGCAGCGGUAGCGGACGUCCGAGAUUCGUGCCUGUCACCGCCCUCGAGGAUGUGCAAGCGGUCCGCUGUGCCGAAUUCCAUCCGCACGGGAAACUCUACGCCGUCGGCUCCAAUUCCAAAACACUCCGAAUAUGCGCGUAUCCCAAACUGCAUGACGUACGGGAAGAUCAUCAGACGUAUCAACCAACGGUUCUUUUUAAAAGAACGAAACAUCACAAAGGAUCAAUAUAUUGCUUGGCUUGGACACCGGAUGGGCAGCUUAUGGCAACCGGAAGUAAUGACAAAACAGUGAAGCUUAUGCGAUUCAACGCCGACACAUCAAAUCUGGAAGGACAAGAAGUGGAGCUGACGAUGCACGACGGGACGGUGCGAGACCUCUGCUUUCUCGAGGAUGCGUCGAACAAGUCGAGCCUGCUGAUAAGUGGCGGCGCCGGGGACUGCAAGAUCUACGUUACCGACUGCGCCACGGGGACGCCCUUCCAGGCCCUCAGCGGACACAGUGGCCACGUCCUGACACUCUACAAUUGGGGCGGCGCGAUGUUCGUCAGCGGCUCCCAGGACAAGACCGUGCGAUUCUGGGAUCUGAGGACGCGCGGCUGUGUCAACAUGAUCACCCCGGCUACGGUACCCGGGAGCAGGGUUGGGAGCCCCGUGGCCGCAUUGUGCGUCGACCCCUCGGGCCGACUCCUGGUUUCCGGCCACGAGGAUAGCAGUUGCGUCCUGUUUGACAUCCGGGGUGGCAGGACUGUUCAGUGCUUCAAGCCUCACGCCGCUGACAUACGAAGUAUUAGAUUUUCGCCGUCGGCUUAUUAUUUGCUCACUGCCGGCUACGACAACAAGCUCGUACUCACCGAUUUACAAGGUGAUUUGACAAUGCCUUUACCGAGUGUCGUUGUCGCCCAGCAUCAGGAUAAGGUCAUAUCCGGUCGUUGGCACCCGACGGAGUUCUCCUUCCUCAGUACUUCCGCUGACAAAACUGCUACCCUCUGGGCAUUGCCACCAGUGUAAACCAUACGCUUAUCGUAUUUAUUUGUAAAUCUAAUGGUUAUCCGUUAAGAAGCUCCAUUUGUUUUCCCCUCGCGAAUUAAUCAUUUGCCCGAAUUCGUUAA